UCCCCCUAACUGAAAUGAGGCCAAUAAAGAUGAAAGGAGGGGGAGCUGGGAGGGGCAUUUUGAUGGAAAAACUAAGCUUGGCACCUGCUGUCGAGGAGCUCUGGAACGAGUGGGAGAUCCACUGCCUGAUACUCAUAAGCCUCUUCCUGCAAGUCGUCCUCUUCCUCGCAGCGGGCGUGCGGAGGCGCAGCACAUCCCACGUCCUGCGCACCGUCCUGUGGCUGGCCUACAUGACCGCCGAUGUCGUGGCCAUCUUCGUGCUUGGCCACCUCGCGGUCCACGCGAGCGCGCCGCGGCACCAGCUCAUGUACUUCUGGGCACCGUUCGUGCUCGUCCACAUGGGCGGGCAGGACACCAUCACCGCUUUCUCGAAGCAGGACAACGAGCUGUGGACGCGCCACCUGCUGAGCGUGGUCACCCAGGUAGCUGUCGCCGGGUAUGUUGUGGGCAAGGCAUCUUGGCCGGACCGCCGGCUCAGGGCUGCCAUGGUGAUCAUGUUCCUCUCCGGGUUCUUCAAGUAUGCCGAGCGCACCUGGUGCCUUUACUUGGCGAGCCCCGCCAGAUUGAGGUCGAGCACCCUGCAUAGGCUGUCGAUGUGCCUUGGGACCCUAGAGAUGGUGCAUGGCAAAGGCUUGGUUAUUGGCGGCGUCUGCUAUCCGGUGACGGAUGAUGCCAGGGGAGACAUGAGCCAAAUACUAGAUGUGAUGCUGACAGGUAACAUAGGAGCUGCCCGCAAGGUGUACCGGGGUACGAACAGGCCCAACACUCCCGUCGACAUCUCGUCAGUGGAUGUCCCCCUCAAUGAGGUUGACUGCAUCUUAGCUGCAGACCAUCUACCAGACCUCCUCCACCAGAAGUUCAUGUCCAACCCAAACCGCUGCAGGGCCUACGAGUACGUGGGAGCACGUCUGGUAUACUGCUACCAAUACCUCUACACCAAACACCCACUUAGAGAAUUACUUUGCAACAAUUAUAGGAGAGUCACCAGUAUAUUCAGAUGGCCUGCUCGUACACGUCGAUACAUCUAUUGGACUCUAAAGAGUUGCCAGGGCAUCCUCCUCCUGUUAUACCCACUGUUCCAUUAUGUUUCAACCCCGGUAGCCCUGGUGCUCUUCAUGGCCGCCGAAAAGGGGGACCGGCUCCAUACCAGCAAAACUGACAUCAUCGUGACCUACAUAUUGCUCCUAGGAGCGAUAGUACUCGAUGUGUCCUCCGCCACCAUCUUCAUCUUUUCCUACGUGAUGAGAUUCCAUAAUCUUCCAACCAGGAUGCUGCUUGUAGCCAACUACAUUUCAUCAACAUUAUUGACCCGAAAGCAGUGGUGCGAAGAGCUAGGGCAAUACGGCAUGAUCAAGAGGCAUGUCGCACAAGAUACUCUUCGUCGUCCUCCUGCACGCAUGGCAUCCAUACGGCGAUGGAUCGGUAGUCGCUUCUUGGGUGCCCGCUUUCUUGAUAUAACACGCAUACCCAUCACUAAGGAUCACAAGGAGUUCAUUCUUGACAGUCCGUUAUGCUUCGGAAUAGCAAAACAAUGGAACUGUACCAGCUCCCGUGGCCAGCUAGCCCUUCAAAAGUGCCACCAAGAUCAUCCAGAUUGUGCACUAUCCAGGAGCACCAGGAGCAGUGUCGAUUUUCCGACAAGCGUGCUCAUCUGGCAUGUUGCAACAGAGAUGUGCUACCACUUGGAAGACAACUGCAGCACUAGUUCUGACGUGCGGAAGAAAAAGGAGAUGAGCAGAGAACUAUCAAAUUAUGUCAUGUACCUUAUCUUCAAUUGCCGCGUCAUGCUCACAAGCAACUCCCAGCUUAUACAUGACAGGUUCCAUUUUAAGAUUAGAGUCAUAUUAUUCCGUGCUCGAAUGAGCCGUAAACAGGUUACUCCUUUUGGUGAGGAGGAAGCUGUCAAGGUGAUUUUUGAAGCAAAUAAGCAAGAGGAAAUCCAAGACUCUGAGGUCCAAACACCAAAGGAUGAAGAAGAACCAUCUGCUGGCAAAGAUAGUCCUCCUGAAUACCCGAAGCAGAAACUACCACAGAGCAUUGAGGAAGCAAGUCCUGCUGAUGAAGACCCAGAACAAAAACUCCCACAGAGCGUUGAGGAAGCACUUUAUACUCCCGUGCUGCCUCAUGCACGUGAGGUGGCCCAGGAGCUCAUCAACAUCAAUGAUGGAACUGUCCGCUGGGACAUCAUCGCUGGGGUUUGGUCAGAGAUGCUUUACUACACUGCGGUUCGUUGCGGAGGUGAUUUUCACUAUAAGCAUCUAAGCACCGGUGGGGAGUUCGUCACACAUAUUCUCGUUCUCAUGCUAUUCCUGGGCCCUUUCCAACCAACCCCUGGUUCGUUGGCUCCAUAAGAGCUAGGCCCCACCGUUGCCUAGCCUUGACAGGCGCAUCCUCUAAUUAUAUAUGUAUCUGCUGAAAACACCAAGAACAGUUGUGUGCACUGUAAUAAGUUCCAAAUUCCAUCUGCUCUAGCUUAUGAUGGAUUAGAUGUGAAAUAAUUGUAUGUUUGUUGUGAUUGAAGUUUGUACAUGUUAUGCAAAUUAAGAUUGGUAUUACCAUUUUCCAUAAA